AUGGUGAGCUUGAGCGGUGUUGUUGCCAUCGCCGCUUCAGGCGCGGCUAUUUUCGUCGUCUUCGCAGUCGUUUCGAUAGUCGUCUGGGUUCGCUUUAGAAAGGAGCGUCAUGCGUUGAGAGUCCUAGGCCUUAAGGAAGGGGAGUUUUCCCGUAGCCUUCAGACCUUCACAGGGAAUACCUUAACAUCACUUUCGCACGAGGAGGGUACGGCACUCCGAGCACACGGCCAGUUACCCUAUGGCAAACCGACAGAAUGGGGUCAACUCGCAUCUCGAGAGACUCUACUUCAGCCCAAGAAUAACUCAGACUCGUCAUUUCCACUGGCCGACAAAGCCCGAUCACUUCGAAAUUCCCUCAGGCGAUCCCAAUCCAAACGCCUUUCCAGGUCCUCGCACAAGCGUCUAAUCCUCAUCGGCCGUCGAUAUCCAGAGAAGAUGUUCCACUUUCGGCUAUCGAGGGGGGUUCUCGAGUUGGCAGCAGAGCGAACUCCGAACCAAACACCCGAGAUGAACAAAGAGGAAGAAGAAGGGUUCAUUCUCGGCAUGCGACCUGUGUCUCCUGGAUGGCCUUUACCUAUCCAGAGGGACCGGUCUACCAUGUUUCCCCUGUUGGAAAACCGUAACUCGCAAGAUAUGUUCGAUCCGUCUCCACGAAUCUACGAAGAGUCUCCGCAACGGCUCCGAGGAGGUAGCAUUGCAAGCCAAAGAGCUGGCGCUAUCCCAGACGAUAUCCCUCCCCCUCCCCCACCGGCUGCCUGGCCACCGGACAGACUCAGCUAUGCGAGGAAUGACUCCGUUAUGAGACUAUCUUCUAUGAGCUUGGAUACCUGCAACAGCUCCAUUCUAGACGAUGGCAGAUUCGGUUUCCGAUCCGCCGAUACUGAACUCACUUCUCCCAUCUUCCCAUCAGGUGGCACCUUCGUUCCGUUCAGUGCGAACGACGUUGGGGUAAAGAAUGGACGCAGGAGCUUCAUCGCCGCAAACACCGGUCAGGGUAUGCCACCGUUGCACAAUCCCCCCAUUCGUUCGUCUUCAACGGCAGAGACUCGUCGAAGAUCGUCAAUGGAGCCCAUGGAGCCUCGCAGGAGCAUGACGACGGCUUCUAGGAAUCCUAGCAAUGGAAGUGAUCGAUUUGAUGGACCUCCUCAUCGGAGCGAUUCAGUAUCGUCUAAUAAUAUACCCACGAGGCAUUCAUCAUUCCGCAGUGGAACACCGAUAUCUAUGGGCAGUUUCCAGAACCCCAACACUCCCAGCUGGCGAUCACCUCCGUCUCAAAUGGCCUAUGUACCUCAUUUCAGCCAAUUCCAACGAUCAAAUAUCUAUGAUGAGCAGCGUGAGAACGACCCUUUCUAUGGUGGCUCGCCGCAUUCCAACGGUACGCUCUUUUCUAUGGGAUCGCCUGGCACCGCAACUAGCUCGAUGCCUCCUAGCCCCGUACAAAGAUCCAGUCUAUCUCAGCGAGGUGCUUUGCCAUCUGCCUUGAAGGGUGGCAACUCGCAACGCAAGGGCAAAGGCCAUCGACGACAAAACUGUGUUCGUAUCUCGAUCCAUCCACCUAUGACUUUUGGUGGAUCAACAUUUUCCCCCACACUUGAAGAAGAGCCAGAAGAUCUUGAUGCGAUGGAAGAAGUUGACUUGCGCGAAAGUACCAUCAAUGGACCUUCCAAGCCGCCGCCAGUCUUGUCAACCAACAUCUCCCCCAUACCAAUAUCCAAACGUGGUAGCCGGCGAACCAAGCCGGCUGCUAGCACCCUUGGGCCUCUUGCUGAAGAACCACAGUCUCUACAAAAUAUCACCCCAUCCAAAAAGAAAAAGAAUGCCCCCAAUAGCAAGGAAGCUCGGUCUAUCCCAUACGAUAAGACACAUAACUUGCCCGAGCUUUUUACUGCUCUGUCACCGUCCACCGGGCUCAACUUGUCUCAUACGCCUUCACCGGAUAGAACCACGGCGGUCUGGACCAUACCCGAAGUGCCUUCGCCGACACACGAUGACUCUCCUGGGACUGGCAGUCCAAGGAGAACCGCGGUCAAGGGUCCACGUACUCAGCCGGGCAAACCAUCCCGCCGCAACUCAGCACACAUCCAACAAAAGCCAGUGAAGCCACUCAUGGGAGUCGGCUCGCCUACUGGUCUUCCUCUCAUCACAGGAACCCAAGGAAGUGAUUGGCGCAAAUCUACCGAUACCCUGUUCCGAACAAACACCGACGCUGCCGAUGGCUCGUCCCGGCGGUCACGCGAUCUCCACGGCUCUAUAGCGAACGGAAUCGGCGCACUCACCAGUCCUUCAUCCCCAGUUCAUACAAAGAGGGGAAGAAGUAAUACUGUGCGAGACCGUGUCACGAUCUGGGAAGAUGCCAAUCGUAGUGCAUCACCGCCCAAGCCUCCCGCUGCGCAUUUACCCGGUCUUUAUAGUUACGCAGAGACUUCGCCAUCGCAGAAACACAGUCACGGCAACCAUAUCCCCCGAUCCAUCUCUCGAGGCGAGAAUUCUCCUCCGCGCAAUGGUAGCCAACGUAUGCCGCCGACGCCUACCUCUACUCGACGAGGCUUGACAACACCUACCGGUAAGGCUCUUGGAUUGGGGAUUGGAGGGACUCCAGCCAGCCUGUACGAUGGUGAUGGAUUCUUCAGGGAGUAG